GAAAUGGUGCUCUUGCAGAACAUUCUGAAAAUGUGCAUAUUUCAGGAGUGUCAACUGCAUGUGGAGAUAUUCCAGAACAAAUUAGAGCAUCAAGUGGGACAAUCACAAGCCCAGGCUGGCCCUUUGAAUAUCCUGCCAGAAUCAACUGUAGCUGGUACAUCCAUGCAAACCCAGGGGAAAUUAUUACUAUAAGUUUUCAAGACUUUGAUGUUCAGGGAUCACGACGAUGCAGUUCGGAUUGGUUAACAAUAGGAACGUACAAGAAUGUGGAAGGUUAUAGAACAUGUGGCUCCUCCAUUCCAUCACCAUACAUCUCUUCACAGGACCAUGUUUGGAUCAGGUUUCAUUCAGAUGAUAGCAUCUCUAGAAAAGGCUUCAGAUUGGCCUAUUUUGCUGGGAAAUCUGAUGAACCAAGCUGUGAUUGUGACCAGUUUCAUUGUGCUAAUGGAAAGUGUAUUCCAGAAAAUUGGAAAUGUAAUAACAUGGAUGAAUGUGGAGACAACUCUGAUGAAGAAAUCUGUGCCAAAGCUAAUCCUCCAACAGCUUCUUCCUUUCAACCUUGUGCUUACAACCAGUUCCAGUGUCUUUCUCGUGUCACCAAAGUUUAUACUUGCCUUCCAGAAUCUUUAAAAUGUGAUGGAAAUAUUGAUUGUUUUGACUUAGGAGAUGAAAUAGACUGUGAUGUUGCAACAUGUGGGCAGUGGUUAAAAUAUUUUUAUGGUACUUUCAGUUCUCCCAAUUAUCCAGACUUUUAUCCUCCUGGAAGCAACUGUACCUGGCUAAUAGACACGGGUGAUCACCGCAAAGUCAUUUUGCGCUUCACUGACUUUAAACUUGAUGGUACUGGUUAUGGAGACUACGUCAAAAUAUAUGAUGGAUUAGAAGAAAAUCCACGCAAGCUUUUGCGUGUGUUAACUGCAUUUGACUCUCAUGCUCCUCUUACAGUUGUUUCGUCCUCUGGGCAGAUAAGAGUGCAUUUUUGUGCUGACAAGGUGAAUGCUGCAAGAGGAUUUAAUGCUACAUACCAAGUAGAUGGCUUCUGUUUGCCAUGGGAGAUUCCAUGUGGUGGAAACUGGGGGUGUUACACAGAGCAACAGCGCUGUGAUGGCUAUUGGCAUUGCCCAAAUGGAAGGGAUGAAACCAAUUGCAGUAUGUGCCAAAAAGAUGAAUUUCCCUGCUCUCGAAAUGGAGUUUGCUAUCCUCGAUCUGAUCGUUGCAACUACCAGAAUCAUUGCCCUAAUGGUUCAGAUGAGAAGAAUUGCUUCUUCUGUCAACCGGGAAAUUUCCACUGUAAAAAUAACCGCUGUGUUUUUGAGAGUUGGGUUUGUGACUCUCAAGAUGAUUGUGGUGAUGGUAGUGAUGAAGAGAAUUGUCCGGUCAUUGUGCCCACCAGAGUAAUAACUGCGGCUGUCAUUGGGAGCCUUAUCUGUGGACUGCUGCUUGUCAUUGCACUGGGAUGUACAUGUAAGCUGUACUCACUGAGAAUGUUUGAACGAAGAUCAUUUGAAACUCAGUUGUCAAGAGUUGAGGCUGAGUUGUUAAGAAGAGAAGCUCCUCCAUCUUAUGGACAGUUGAUUGCUCAAGGUUUAAUUCCACCAGUUGAAGAUUUUCCUGUUUGCUCCCCAAAUCAGGCUUCAGUUUUGGAAAAUCUCAGACUAGCAGUGCGAUCUCAGCUUGGAUUUACCUCAAUAAGACUUCCUAUUGCCGGCAGGUCAAGUAAUAUUUUGAAUCGAAUUUUUAAUUUUGCAAGGUCGCGUCAUUCUGGAUCAUUGGCAUUGGUAUCAGCAGAUGGAGAUGAUGUUGUUGCCAGCCAGAGUACUAGUAGAGAAGCAGAAAGAAAUAGUACUCACAGAAGCUUGUUUUCAGUGGAGUCUGAUGAUACAGACACAGAAAAUGAAAGAAGAGACACUGCAGGAGCUGUUGGUGGUGUUGCUGCCAGUUUGCCUCAAAAAGUCCCACCUGCAACAGCAAUAGAAGCAACAGUAGGAGCAUGUGGAAGUUCCUCAAAUCAGAAUAUCAGCAGUAGUAAUACAGAUAAUGGAAGAGAAGCAACAAGCGUAGAACCCCCAAGUACAAGUCCGGCACGUCACCAACUCACUAGUGCGCUAAGUCGUAUGACUCAAGGCUUACGAUGGGUACGCUUUACUCUAGGGAGAUCAAAUUCAGUAAAUCAGAACCAAAGUCCUUUGAGACAGGCUGAUAAUGGGGUAAAUGGAAGAGACGAAGAUGACGAUGUUGAAAUGUUAAUUCCAGUUUCUGAUGUAGCUUCAGACUUUGAUAUGAAUGACUGUUCAAGACCUCUGCUUGAUCUUACCUCAGAUCAAGGACAGGGGCUUAGACAGCCUUAUAGUGGAACACAUCAUGGCAUAAGAUCAUGUAAUCGAGAUGGGCCAUGUGAGCGUUGUGGUAUUGUACAUACUGCCCAGAUACCUGACACUUGCUUAGAAGCAACACUGAAAAAUGAAACUAGUGAUGAUGAGGCAUUAUUACUUUGUUAGGUACGAAAUGAAUAGGGGAGGUUUGUAUACAAGUUGGAGCAAUAUCAGUAAUUGUUUUGUACUUCACAGUUAGAAAAACUAGCUUUAGUUUUAAAAAGUCCAGAGCAAAAUCACGUUGAAAUAUUUUAGCCCACGUAGUUGAAUACUUUUCUUACGCUGGAUAAAUCCAUGGACUGUGUGAGUUGAGUAUUUUUACAACUCAGAAUAUAUUAUAUGUAUCCAGUAUAACCUGGUUACUCCUUUAUGUAGCUAAUGUUCAUCCCAGUUAGUUUCAAAUUAGUUUAUUCUGGUACUGUAGCUCACAAAAGAAAUAUGGCUGCUCAAGACUUCCUGUUUGUUUCCCUCAUUUUAACAGGUUAAUUUGUACAGAAUGAUUUUCUUUUUGAAAUGGAAUCCAUUGUAUUAUUGCCAACAAACUGGUAACUUAAUAUACUAAAUGCUGGUAGGGUUUGUUAAUCUAAAAUAGGUAGUUUACCUUUCCAAGAUUAUAUAACACUGUCUAAAUAUUCUUGAAUUUAAUAAUAAUGUGAACUUUUUCAAAGGGAGGAGAGACUUUCUCCAAAACACAUUUUGUUUUAAAAGUUCAAAAUGCAGUGAUAUAUGAAUUGCAGGUAUAAUUGGAUAAACUGAUGUGAAGAGCAUUUUCCUUGCUUUUAUAGCACGGACUUUAAUAAAUUGCAAUCUAAUAUGGUACAACCAAAUAAUAUGUAAAAAUCCCAAGUUAUUAGUCUUCUUAGAGGACAAAAAACAAAUAGCUGAAACACUUGAAUAUGCAUUAGUUCUUAAAAUAUCUGAUACAUGUACAAAUACGCUACAGGAUAAGUUCCAACUCGUAAUAGAUCUUUCCCUAGUAAUAUAGGGUAUAAAGCUUGUUUGGACUCAAGGGAUUUGCACUAAAAUCAUAUUAAGGUCUCUAAUGAACUUUAGUGCACAAGCACUAUCACUUUAAGUACUAUUAUCUAAUAUUGCAAUGGCUAUAUAUUUCCAUGGCUCUUUUCUUGGGGUGUUGCAUUUUGUUACAAUUGAAUUUGCUUUACUAAUUCCCUAUUUAUUCAUUGUAUUUAAAAACUGGUUUACUUGGUUACAGACUGGUGGUUAUUUUAUUUUUUUUUAAUCCCUUUAUGUGUAUUUCUUUUUAUCUUAAUUUUUAUAGUAUUACAUGUCGGAACAAACCUGAUGAGUGGAAAAAUUGUUCAUAAUUUCCAAUUUUGUGAUAAGCAGGUUAAUAUGUGGCUACUAGCGUGAUAGCAAGAAUCUACAUCUUUUAAAAAGGAAAACAAAAAGUCAACUACUGUUUUAUUUAUUCUUUGCCAGUCUGUUUUUAGUAGGCUUAAUGAUUCAGUAUGAAAAUGUAUUUGUGUGUGACAGUAUGCUAUUUAUUAAAUUUUAAAUACUUUGUUGAAUGUCAUUUUAAAGCAUGUUUAAAGUCUUGUGCAUUUCUGUCGUGUUAUGCUGUCAGGCACAACUGACUAAAAUGUUUUAAUAUGUAUCAGAAUUAAAAAUGAUUUUUUGUUA